GUGUUGGGUUGACACACGGUCAGUUCAGUCACUCGAGGCAUCACACCACACAUCACACUCUCUUUUUCUCUCUCUUUCUGCCUCUCCUUCUGUCGCGUCGCACAAUCGCCGUUGCCUCCGCCUUCUACUAAUUUUUUUAUCCGCGUGAAUUGUUGAAGGAGGGAAAAAGGAGGUCCCACUCCAAGUCCUCGUUGAUCCACCAAGUCGAUCCAACGUAUUCCUAAGCACUGCCCUUUCAUACCUGCUUUCCUCUUCUGAGCGAUACGAUUUUUUAUCCGAGAAAUCAUCGGACAGCGAUACAACCGCAACUUGGUGCAUCGUCGCCGAGAAAGAUACUUCUCACCGACGUUAAAAGAAAUAAGAAGCAUCUUUGUAUACGUCGUGUUCAUCGUACACUAGUAGUCGUAAUCUUCGUCUCAUCUUUCACGCGUAAGGGCGUAUUCCUCCCCGUAUCUCUUGCCGUGCGGGCGCGCGAAUUACUUGAAUCUUCCCGAUACAUCAUCGGGGCACAGACCAACUAAUGUGCAACGAGAAUCAGGCCUUAGCUGCAGUCAAUUCUCUCCGGAAUAGUAAAUCCUUUUUGACUUAGACGGUUGCGCUUGUUGCUGAACAUCGAGGAUUAUCGUGAUACCGAAUUGAAACCAGAUUGAAUUAAUCGCCAACAAUCGGAGCUAAGAUUCGUUCUCGUUCGUCGCCCGUGAGGAGGAAAAAUGUCAGAAACAACCGGGAUCACGCAGGGGUUGGGCAAUCCUUACAAAAUAGUCGAUCAUACUAGGGAGCGAAGAAAGGGUAUCACCGCCUCGUCGCUGAAGGAGUUGACUAGUAUCGCACGCAAUCGCCUGGCACUACCGGUGGAUGCAGAUCUGACAAUCGUGCUCGAGCAAGAUGGAACGGAGGUAGAUGACGAGGAAUAUUUCGCCACGUUAGAAAGAAACACGAGCUUAAUGGUGCUGCACGGUGAUCAAAAAUGGAUUGCUGCGGGCAGCAGUAAGACGGCGUCUCGUUAUAUCGUUGUGGACGACGUGGAUAACAUCGAGGGUGGCUCGAGAGUCGACAAGAUUCGACGACGACGAUCACCCAUUGAACCUUUGGUAUCGUCGUUGCACGGCGAUCCGUCACAUAUCUCGCUACUGGGAGGAAACGAUUUGGAAUUACUCAGUGACAUGGAUCCUGACAGUUUAGCAGACAUAGUACCUGAUAGACUUUUCCUCGAACAGUUGAAGGAAGCUUCAGGUAGAUUCCUGGCGGAGAAACGGCAAGCGCAGGAAUCCAUGGCUCUCCUCCAGAUGUACGCAAGCGGUGGUGAGAUGGAGCGAGCGUAGGCCAUGUGGGGGGUGGGCGCCCUCACAUUGGCAAAUAUGUAUAGAGUGCGACGUCGCAUAUUCUAUAAAGGUCGCCAACUACAACAAACUCUAAUCCUAUUCUGGAAUUGAGCCCAUUGCUAUUUACACGAAUCGGCAGAAUAACCGAGAAUACGAGCUCAAGCUGAACGUAGCUGUGUCAGCGAGAAAGAUCUCACGUUAUCUCUCGCGUAAUGAGAAAUUCAAACGCAGAGACAAAGAACACUGUACAGAGACACGAAACACGGAGUAGUUUACAUUCGCUCGACGAUUUAGUAAUAUCAAUAAUAAUAAUAAUAAUAAUAAUAAUAAUAAUAAUAAUAAUGAUAGGUUCCGCGUCUUAUACAUAGAAAAAUAGAAGGUAGCUCUAAGUUUUUUGUAGAAUUUUUUUAAUCUACAUACGUACGAUUCAGUGGCACAACUGCUUUUGCAAUACUUUUGCAAUACUUUACAUUUUUAGUGAGCGUAUGGAAUUGCUUUAAUACAAUGUAAGAGGAUAUGAGAUACCUUAAUGUACCGGCUAAAUUAUACACGUGCAAUUUAGCUGCUAACUUGUCUUGAAUAAUACAUAAAUAGAAAAGCCGCGUGAGUAGAUGUCCCGGACGUGAAUAUUCCGUCGCGAUAUUGCCAUAUCAAGUCGUAGCAAAAUAUGUUUUGUUUAUGGGAUUUUGUACUUAGAUACGUCACACCGAUAUUUGGUUCAACGAAGAUCAAUGGAAUAUUUAAGACUGAAUUUAUAGGGAAAACGAAAACCACCCCCAUUGAGAUCACCAAUUCAUUGUACACUAACAUUAGCGACGUAAUAGCAACAAAAAAAAGUCGAUAUCAGCCCUUUGAUACCAAGCAAAAUUGUGCUAUUUGAUAAAAAAAAA